CGUGACCUUUCAGCGGUAAUCCCCGAAGGCAUAUACAGUAUUGACACACAUGGGUGUAUUGCUGGGAACCAUGCAAGACUUCUGCAUUAUACUCAGCAUCAUGGUACAGGGUCUGAUGAUCUGCAACACUUUUGUGUUCCAAGCGGGACUUCUGCAGGUCGUUCUGAGGACGUUCGGGCCGUCGCUCUUGUUCAGCGUCUCUUAUCUGGCCCUUUCAAUUCUCCUGCACCUUUUACAUACGAAGGUGGUAUCCUGGAACGGAUCCAACUGCGUGCAGCACGAUUGGCUCUUUGCUGUUUACGUGCUACAGAGAUUUGCGGCUGUCUGCCACUACUACCUGCACAAGAGAACGGCGCUGUUUCUAGCACAGCCCAAAUAUUACGGACAGAGCGAAUGGCUACAGAGACAUGUCUUCGUGUUCACAUGAUUUGCACUUACGUGAAAAGACGCUGAGAAAAUCACUGAUGUUGACCACCGAGGCAGGUUGAGAGAGUCCACGACACGGGUGCCAAACUUCUACCUCAGUCGAGAACAUGUAGAUUGCAUUGUGUUGUAGUGCACUGUAAUCACACCCUUGUGUUUUCGGGUUUUAAGUGUUUUGAAAAUGGGAAGUAGAAAUCUGUUUUUAUCACGGUAAAAUAGCGUAAAAGCCGGGCGAUAUUGCAUGCAAAAGUGGGUUUUUGGGUCGAAAAUUUAAAAAAAAAUUAUUUCUCACAUUUCGGAUGAACACGAGAUGCUGAGUGCAAAGUAUCCCAAGCAGCACAUCAUCUUGGUUCAAUAUUGGCUGGAUAUGGGCAAUAUCGGUCCAAUAGUGGCCCAGUGUUCGACCAGUAUUGCAGAUAUUCAUGCAAUAUUUGGCAAAUAUAUUGUCAGACAAGGGUUUUACCCGAGAACACAAGGCUCUAACUGUAAUACAUUAGAAAAUACAAUUGUACUUUCCAAUGUCUUCGCCAUAAGAAACUAACAUGUAUUGUUAGGUUGUUAAUUAGUUAUUCUGUAAUAUGUUUUACAUAUUAAGUACCACAUUUACUCGAAUAUAGGUCACUCAGUUCGUUCAGCCAGCUAUAAACUUUGUUCACGACAGGUCUGUCCGGACAAUAUUUUGUAAAGACAAAAUGCCAACCGAUAUUCGAGUAAGGGGAUUAUUUUACUUUCUAUUUAGAGGGCUAUCUUUUUUUUAGAAUCUACCAAAUAGUGUGUUGUUUAAUAAAGAAGCUUACUAAUUGGUCAAACUAAAUGUUACCCAUGUUGUAAUGAAGUAGUAACUGGAACCAGUAAUAAGCAGUACGCCAUUAUAAUGGAUACCCAAUAAGCUUUGAAAUGUCUCG